AGUGUUUGUCCGCCUCUCUUGUGUUGUAUAGUGUAUUACACCCAGAUAGAGCCGUCUGAGUGGAUUCCGGGAGGCGGACUGUGUACGGGCCGCUACCGGGAAGGAAGGUUUACUUCAGUAUACCUUUGUAUUAACUGACUGGUUUUGUUCGUGAAUUAAAGUGGUAGUCCGACCGGGUCCAACAAUGAUGGUGCUUGGGCACCAAGAUAGAUUACACGUCCUAGUUGGACAAAGGUUCGCUAUCGUGCUGGGAAGCGACGUGGAGUUGGAUGUAAAUAGGGUGUCGGAGUGGCCGUGGAGAUGUGGAGUGAUUCGGGCGGCCUCCCAUAAAGAUAUUUACUGCACCGAUUUGAAGAUCUGUUUGGAGUUUGAGAACGAACCAUGGGAGACACGAACCUGGGUGGAACUGUAUGGUGCCCAAGUCCAGAUGUUUCUGGUAGAGCACAGCUUGGCGGUAGCUGAUCGCGUAUGCCCUAGUAACCCUAAGAUUUCGGUUCAGUGCCCCGCAAUGACAUUUAAGAGCUUGGUGAGCAAAGUGCCUAUCGAUUCGAUUUCAUGCAUUCAGUUUCUUGGUGAUAGAAACAAACUCUUCAUGCCUAAAGACGCCGUGCAACCUGUGCGGGAUCGAGAGAACCUGAAGGAGUUCAUGCAGGUGAAUAGGAGCUUCUAUAAAGAGUUCCAAGAAGUCAUCAGGAAAAAUGUGGAUGAAAACCGUGUGCUUCAAGCUGCAAAGAAUUUAGUUGGAACAUCCAUAAAGGUCUAUAGCAUGGAUCCAUCAAUCCAGUGGUUUUCGGCAACCGUACUCAACUCCAACCCCAAUUUACGCACUCUGGAGAUUAAAUGUGAACAGCUUCCAUCUUUAAAAAUUAUUGACCCAGCACUGAUACAUGUUAAACUCGUACAUAACUACUGUGAUAAAACUGUAAGAUCCAGGAAAUCCCAACCCCCAAAAAGGGUGUCUCAGGAACUGAUGGAGAAACCAGAAGCCAAACAGAUUCGAGUUGAGAAGAUGCCUGCAAAUGACACCACACAGAAAAGCUUUAUUACUUACUCCAGAGAUGACGGGAAGACACUGGUAGUGGUUGACAACCCACAAUCCUCAGGGAAUCUAAUAAACUUAAUGAAGCCAGAUCCACAACUGACUGGAAAUAACCUCUUCUCUAUGCGUUCCGUGCCUGUUGAUUUUGGAGACGCGUUGCUUGGUUGCACCGCCACCACACCGGCUAGCCAAAACCUGGCUUCCCGCGCAACGCCUCCGCAGGCAAAUUCCCCGCCAAGCUUUGGUGCAGAGACCCCUCAGGGGAAAUUCAGCGGACUCGUGGAAACAUCCUCAGUACUGAAUGGUGAAUACAAUAAUUUGUUCCUGAAUGCUGCAAUGUCCCAAGGCAAUAACAGAGGCUUAGGUUUUGGCCUGGCAGAAAAGUCAACUGCUCCUUUUUCUUCAAUUUCCUCAACUUUUCAGUCUUUGCCUGGCCAAAAAACUGGGAUCAAAUCAGAAAAUCUCUUUGAGGCCUUCACAAAGCCGUCAACUGUGUUCCCCAAGGGCUUUGAGUUUUCAGUGGAGCGUUUUCCCGGCAAAAACACGCUCUCAGUGACUGAUGCUCCCAAAAAUGCUGACACAGCAAAAGUGUUCAGUGUGGCUUCCUCUACAAACAGCGUGAAACCGGUGACCGGCCAAGGACUAAACAUCAAAAAAGAACACGUUGGUGGAACUCCUAAUAAAGUAGAAGUGCCCCACGUUAGGAGCCCCACAAAAGCUGAGGGUGUUACCUAUCCCAAAUCGGUGCUGUUGGACACACAGAAAUUAAAAAGAUUGCAGCAAAGCGGAGACUGCUUCGUGCAAGAUGGCUCCUGCAAUAACAUAGCGCCUCACCUUCACAAGUGCAGAGAAUGCCGCCUAGACCGCUUUGGGAGAAGCAAGGAGCAGCGGGAUUCGGCCGUAUUCUGCAGGUUCUUCCAUUUCCGCAGGUUACACUUUAACAAGCAUGGAAUAUUGCGAGAGGGAGGAUUCCUAACACCCAAUAAAUAUGACGUUGAAGCAAUAAAUCUGUGGCUCCCUAUACCAAACAGUGUUGUGGGGCUUGAUCUGGACACAGCCAAAUAUAUCCUUGCAAAUAUCGGGGACCACUUCUGCAAACUGGUCAUGUCGGAGAAAGAAGUCAUGACGUCCGUUGAUGCACAAAAACAAGUAGCCUGGAAGCGGGCAGUGCGUGGCGUCCGUGAAAUGUGCGAUGUCUGCGACACAACCAUAUUCAACCUUCACUGGGUCUGUCCCAAGUGUGGAUUUGGAGUCUGUGUAGACUGCUACCGAAUGAAAAAGAAAACCGGAGACAAUAAUAGUGCUGGUUUUGCGUGGCUGAAAUGUGUUAAAGGCCAAUUACAUGAGCCAGAAAAUCUGAUGCCGACGCAGAUUAUUCCGGGCAAAGCUCUUUAUGAUGUCGGAGAUAUUGUACACUCAGUUCGUGGGAAGUGGGGAAUUAAAUCUAAUUGUCCGUGUUCCAACAAGCACCAGAAGCCUAUAUCAAAGCCCAUUGUGAAAGAGGAAGUAAAGCAGAGUUCUCUUGGCGGAGCCGAGUCAACAAAUGGCAGCAGCAUAUCCCAGUCUGUCAAGUUAUUUACACCUGAGCCAACGCCGGUUAUCAGUAAAACGCCUUCGCUUUUACCAUCUGGGCCACUGAGUUGGCUGACUAGUCUACCGCACACUACUGUGAACAAGGAAAACAAAGACAACCUGUUCGCUUCCUCAUUCAAAACUGAAUCCAAAACGCUACCAUCCUUCGCAACUUUUGGGAAGCCUGUAUCCGCUCUGCAAACAUUCAGCAGCUCAAUUUUAACUCCGAUGAGUAAUAACAACUCUGGCUUCUUACGGAACCUCCUCAAUUCUUCCAGUAUCAAGCAGGAGACCAACGAGAAGAGCACUCCUAAAAUUUUGGAUGACAUCUUUGCUUCGUUGGUUCAAACUAAACCUGCCAACGAAGUGGCCAGAAAACCCCAGGGGCUCCCGAUCCAGCCCAGCCUCAUGGGCUUCAACACUCCGCACUACUGGCUCUGCGAUAACCGAUUGCUGUGCCUGCAGGAUCCCAGCAACAAGAGCAACUGGAACGUGUUCAGAGAGUGUUGGAAGCAGGGCCAGCCUGUAAUGGUGUCGGGGGUGCACCAUAAAUUGAAUCGUGAACUUUGGAAACCUGAAUCCUUCAGGAGAGAGUUUGGGGAACAGGAAGCUGACCUCGUAAAUUGUAGAACCAAUGACAUCAUCACUGGAGCAACAGUUGGUGAAUUCUGGGAUGGCUUUGAAGACAUUUCAGCACGCAUUAAAUCCAGUGAAGGGGAAGAGAUGGUCCUGAAACUAAAAGACUGGCCACCGGGAGAAGACUUCAGGGACAUGAUGCAAUCUCGGUUUGACGACCUCAUGAAUAACAUUCCGUUACCGGAAUACACCAAGAGGGAGGGCAGACUGAAUCUCGCGUCCAGACUCCCAUCUUAUUUUGUGCGGCCUGAUUUGGGACCUAAAAUGUACAAUGCUUACGGUUUAAUAACCCCAGAGGACAGAAAAUAUGGGACCACCAAUCUCCACCUCGAUGUGUCUGAUGCCGCCAACGUUAUGGUGUAUGUGGGGAUCCCAAAAGGACAGCAGGAUCAGGAACAGGAGGUUCUCAAGACCAUACAAGAUGGUGAUGCAGAUGAACUGACCAUCAAGCGGUACGUGGAGUUCAAAGAGAAGCCAGGAGCUCUGUGGCACAUAUUUGCUGCCAAGGACACCGAGAAAAUCAGGCAGUUCCUUAAAAAGGUGGCCGAAGAACAAGGUCAAGAAAACCCACCUGAUCACGAUCCUAUCCAUGAUCAGAGCUGGUACUUGGACAGUGGUUUGAGGAAGAGGCUGCUCAAGGAGCACGGUGUUCAGGGAUGGGCAAUUGUCCAGUUCCUGGGUGACGUUGUAUUCAUUCCAGCUGGAGCUCCACAUCAGGUUCAUAAUUUGUACAGUUGCAUAAAAGUGGCAGAAGAUUUUGUUUCCCCGGAACACGUGAAACACUGUUUCUGGCUAACUCAGGAAUUCCGCUAUCUUUCGCAUACACAUACAAACCACGAAGACAAACUACAGGUAAAGAACGUUAUUUACCACGCUGUAAAGGAUGCUGUUGCGAUAUUAAAGGCUAACGAAGCGAGUCUCGGCAAGGUUUAACGGCAAACCUUAGAAUGGAUUUUGUACAAACUUCUUCUGGCAGCUGAAUUAAUCAAAUCACUAGUUCUAUCGAGAUGAUGCGAAUAUGAACUUUACUCGUUUCUCCUGUAACCCAUCUCGCAGCCCUCGCCGUACACCUCCAACAGCAUUUUAGGAGACAUUUCCAGCCACGGGAAAAAUCCAUCGAACGAUUACAAACAAGGAAUGAACAAAUGGGAGAUUCUCUACAAAACUCCCAGCAGCUUUGGUCUCUGUCCUGAGCGGGGAAAACUUUUUUUUAAAAAAAGAAAAAGUGCCAUGUUGAAGAAAAAUAGAGAAAACCGAUGUGAGUGAUGAUCAGCUUUCCGAGUUGCUGCUUACAUCUGGCUCUUAAAUGGUCAAUGUUUCAAAACCAAAACACUUUUUUAAAACUGUACUGAAAUAUACCUCUCAGAUUUUUGGACGUUAUCCAAAAAUACUCUGUAAAUCUGGUCCUUCCCUGUUCUGUUUUUUUUUUUGUUUUCCCUAAUAUGUGUGGGAAAUUGGGGAGGUAACAAUUAAAGCCCUUUUUUUUCCUUUUAUAAAUAUAUAUAUAUAUAUAUAUAUAAGAAUAUUGUAGCCUUGAGGAUUGCUGGAAUGCGCGUUCUAAGUAAAAUGUAAAUAAGCAGGCUCUUAUCAUUUUACAUUAAUCUAGAACUAGCACUGAUGGUGCCUGUGUAAUUAAAUACAUUGAUUUAGAUACUUUGCAAUUGUACGACUUUAAUUUAAUUAACGUUACUUUGGAAUAUUAAUUUGCUUGAGUGUGGGGCGGAUGAGUUCAGAACGAACCCGAUGGUUAACGGGUCAUCGAAUACACUUGUAAUUUUUGUAUUACUUCAGUACUUAUAAAUAAAGUUAUUUGUGUUUGAUUUA